GGGUUUUUCCACUUUGUACUAUUUUCUCUUCACCUUCAUAUAAACGCACACAAACACACAGUUUUCAUUUGAAGCAUUAAUUAAGAAUGAAUAUUGAUUUGAAUUAUCAGCUCGGUGAUCGAAGAUCUACAUAAACUAGCUGCCGGUUUCCCAAGUUUUUCGAUUUUCCAAAAAAGAAUAGGUUUUUCAAGAGAAGAGAGAGAGAGAGAGAUUCAACUAAGGAGAAUUAUGGCGGCUUCGUCUUCGAGCAGCAGCUUCUCAAAACCUCCGUGCGCGGCCUGCAAAUUCCUGCGGCGGAGAUGCCUCUCCGGGUGCAUCUUCGCGCCAUAUUUCCCGCCCGAGGAGCCUACGAAGUUCGUGAACGUCCACAAAAUCUUCGGCGCCAGCAACGUCAGCAAGCUGCUUAACGAGAUCCCGGCUCACCAGCGCGAGGACGCGGUCAACUCGCUUACUUACGAAGCCGAGGCUCGGCUCAAGGACCCCGUCUACGGCUGCGUCGGCGCCAUCACCAUUCUCCAGCGCCAGGUCUUCACCCUUCAGAGAGAGCUCGACGCUACCAAUGCUGACAUCAUGCGCUUCGCUAGCGGAACCGGAGCCCCGAGAGGAAGCGGGUCGGGUUAUGAUGACCCGAAUAGUACGGAUUAUUGGACUGGGAAAGGUCAAGAUGGAGGCAUCUAAUAUUAUAUACUCUCACUAUGUGUGUAUAUGAAAAUGCAUAUAUGUAUGUAAAACAUUGACUAUGCUUUGGUGUAUUAAUUAGUUUUGCAUGCAUUUUAAUAUGUAACCUUUUUCAGUAUAUAUACAUAAACUACGCAUUAUGUAUG